AUGCGGGCGGCCAACGUUUGCAACCUGCUGUUCGGCGCCGUCGCGGGGUCCUUGCGCGGCCCGGUGCGCGAUAAGGAUACGCUCCGGCGCCAUUUUUUUGCGCUUACGCUACUUUGCUCAACCGCUUGCCCGAUAAAAAGCGUCGUUGUUAACGGCGCCCGCUUCGACCCGCGCGCCGACGUCGUCGUUUCGUCCUACACCAGCCUGCGCUCGUGCGCCGAAUCGCUCGGGCCCCUCCUCGGCGCGCCCGUCGCGGCCAACCUAAUGCCUAAGGACGCCGAGGGCAAUAUUGCCGUUGCUACUUACCUGGCAGAAAACGAAAUUGAGGGUUUAAAACGAGACGAGGAAAUGGCCAAGCAUGCGUUUUAUAUUGACUAG